AUGACGGCGACAGGAUGGGCGCGAACAAUGGCAAACAGUACGGCAGUGAGGGCAAAGGCAGCUCAAGCAUCUCAUCCGACGUGAGUUCAAGUACAGAUCACACGCCAACCAAAGCCCAGAAGAAUGUGGCCACCAGUGAAGAUUCUGACUUGAGCAUGCGUACAUUGAGCACGCCCAGCCCAGCCUUGAUAUGUCCGCCAUCUUUGCCAGGAUUUCAGAAUGGAAGGGGCUCCUCCACUUCUUCAUCCUCCAUCACUGGGGAGACAGUGGCAAUGGUUCACUCCCCACCCCCGACCCGCCUCACUCACCCACUCAUCCGGUUGGCCUCCAGACCCCAGAAAGAGCAAGCCAGCAUAGACCGGCUCCCGGACCACUCCAUGGUGCAGAUCUUCUCCUUCCUGCCCACCAACCAGCUGUGCCGCUGUGCACGUGUGUGCCGCCGCUGGUACAACCUGGCCUGGGACCCGCGCCUCUGGAGGACUAUCCGCCUCACGGGCGAGACCAUCAAUGUGGACCGUGCCCUGAAAGUACUGACCCGUAGGCUUUGCCAGGACACACCCAAUGUGUGUCUCAUGCUGGAGACUGUCAUUGUCAGUGGCUGCCGGAGGCUCACAGACCGAGGGCUGUACACCAUUGCACAGUGCUGCCCAGAACUGAGGCGCCUGGAAGUCUCAGGAUGUUACAAUAUCUCCAACGAAGCUGUCUUUGAUGUGGUGUCCCUCUGUCCCAACCUGGAGCAUCUGGAUGUGUCAGGGUGCUCCAAAGUUACUUGCAUCAGCUUGACCCGGGAGGCCUCCAUUAAACUGUCCCCCUUGCAUGGCAAACAGAUUUCCAUCCGAUACCUUGAUAUGACGGACUGCUUCGUGCUGGAGGAUGAAGGCUUGCACACCAUCGCAGCUCAUUGCACACAGCUCACACACCUCUAUCUGCGCCGUUGUGUCCGCCUCACUGAUGAGGGCCUCCGCUACCUGGUAAUCUACUGCACGUCCAUCAAGGAGCUGAGUGUCAGUGACUGCCGCUUUGUCAGCGACUUUGGCCUGCGGGAGAUCGCUAAGCUGGAGUCCCGCUUGCGGUACCUCAGCAUCGCCCACUGCGGCCGCAUCACGGAUGUGGGCAUUCGUUAUGUGGCUAAGUACUGUAGCAAAUUACGCUACCUCAAUGCGAGGGGCUGUGAGGGCAUCACGGACCAUGGCGUGGAGUACCUUGCCAAGAACUGCACAAAACUGAAGUCUCUGGACAUUGGCAAAUGUCCUCUGGUCUCUGACACGGGCCUUGAAUCCCUGGCUUUGAACUGUUUCAACCUCAAGAGGUUAAGCCUCAAGUCCUGCGAGAGCAUCACGGGCCAAGGUCUGCAGAUCGUGGCCGCCAACUGCUUUGACCUGCAGAUGCUGAACGUCCAGGACUGUGAAGCUUCAGUGGAGGCCCUGAGGUUUGUGAAACGCCACUGCAAGCGCUGUGUCAUUGAGCAUACCAACCCUGCUUUCUUCUGAAGGGACAGCUUCCAUCGGGCAUGUUUUCACAGCAACGUGAACCAAUGCUUUGUAAACGCAGCCCAUGUAAGCACCCACACCCCACUCAUAGCCCCUAUUUCUUCCAGGAACGUUCUUAGGAGUCUGGCUUUUUAUUUUUAUUUCUUAUGAGCAAAUGAGGUCAAAGAAACAAAGGAGGAAAACCAAAUUUCUACCAUGGUAAACUGGUUCUGAUCAGUUUGUUUGUAGACAUAUCCUCUCACAAAGGAUGCACCUCAGCAGGCUGGUCACUGUGUCUUCUGAAACGCACCUUACCCCAUCUUCCCUUACCCCUCUUAUACACAAGCCAUGCCCCAGUGUUCCAUACCUUCAUCUUCCAACCCUGCAACAGCUGUAGCAUUAAUCGUCAGAAUAUGCCCUCUGAAACUGCUUAUUAAACUACUUGGUGGGCAUAAGCCCCACUCCUAAAUCCCACAUCAAGCAAAAUCGGGCUUAAAGUAAUGUUAACACUUUAUAUGUGUGAAUGCAUUGUGACAAAUCACACGGCAUAAGAGGAGACAUGUUUUCUCUCCCAGCUCUGCCACUAACUAGCUGUGUGACCUUGGUCAAAACACCUCACCUUUCAGGGCAUCAGCUUCCCACCACCAGAGGUAGGGGGCGAGCCUCAUGCCCCUUUUAGAGUUGAGAGAAUAGUGAUGCCAAUAAGUACAGUUUUGCAUAAAGAACUUGGUGUAAAGCACACAGAGAACACUUCUGAGAAAACUGGUUGUGUGGAUGAGCUGUGCUUUCAGGAGGUUCUGUGAGGUAACCAUCAGUGCACAUAGGGUCCAGAGUGCACAUAGGGUCUUGAGUGCAUAGAGGGUCCUGGCUGCACAUAGGGUCCUGGGUGCACAUAGGGUCCUGGGUGCACAUAGGGUCCUGUGCACAUAUCAUUUUACUCUCCUCUGAGAACCAAUACAACUCUGUUUGGUGGGCUAGGCUUUUGUACUUCUUCUGCCAUGCUGGAUUCUUUGACUUAUAUGCACAUGUGCUGUAGCAUUCUCUCAUACCACCACAUCCAACCCAGGCAGGCAGGAGAGUGCACCAUGACAGGAAGCCUGGAUCUCCCUGUCAGCUUGCAUACUUUGAGCAUUUUUCAAAUCCAAGUAAAGACCCUUAUAAUUUUUAAUUAACAAGUGAGGUCCAAGGGAACCCACAUCCUUAAAGGUGUUUCUAGCCCUUCUCGGUGCACAUAUGCUAAGCUUCAGGCACAUCUGUCCUGCAGCCGGCAGGGACAGGCACCUUGGUCCUUUGUCAUUUGCAUUUUAUCUUGACUCCUCUCAUCUAUUUAUUUCUCCAUCAAAUGAGGCCCAUUGGGGUUAAGUUUAUAAGUGUUUAAUUGUACAAACACCACCUUGCCUGCUGUCUGCAUGUUUUCCACUAAAUAAUGUAAAACAGACUUGCAGGUGUUUCAAUAUUGUUCACUCAGAAGUGCCAGGCACACAGAAGAGGGAACACACUGAUCAGCCAGAUGCUGGUCCACCCACCAAAGCACUGGGACAGAACAUGAAAAUCAUUUCAAAAUUUGAAUUUUAAGUUGAUGGACUUUCAAACGGUCCCUUCUGAAUAGAAAGCAAUUUACUGGUUUCAUUUUUAAAGAAUCAGAUAGUCAGAAGAAAUCCUGUCACUUUUUUUCCCCAUGAACUCCAGUUGUCUUUUGUUAGUAAACCCAGUACUUUCGCCAAUUUAUUCUCUGGUCACUUUCCUUCUCUAUCACUGUUGAAACAGUUCACCCACCUUCUUCUCAAAGUGUCUAUCCUCCGAUCCCAGAGCCUCUGCCUCUCCAAGCCAAGCAUGCUACAUUUGCUACAGACCAAGCUUAUCCACUGCUCGACAACUGCACUCUAGCUGUAGGCUCCGGUGUGUACUAUUGUCUUGUGUUGGGAAGGAGGCGUUAAGUGACGAGCUAGCAACUCUUCAGGAGGGUCUGUCAUUCAUCCUGUGAAUCCCAGCUUCUUCAGUUCACACCAUCAUCAGCACAGAUGGGUGAGCAAGAUGAUGCCAUAAGGGAAAACAGAAGUUUUGGCUGGGGACAGGACCUAGUGACAGCCAUUGAGUUUAGAAUCCUAGAAGAACUUCAGCAUAGCACCCCUCUGCCCUCUGACUUACGGCUCUGUUGAAAGUUUGAGUUGAAGAGUCCCCGUGGGUUGUCUGUGACCCUUGAUACUGGAACAUUCCAAAUGAUUUGGUUUACUACUCCCCAGAGUGAGCAGGGGAAUCCAAAGUGAUCCCCGAGCCAUUUUCAGUAACUCUGUCAUCACUGACUGAGUAUAUCACCUGAACUGUCUUUCAUGUGAGAGCCAGGGGACAUUUCACACUCAGUGGUUGCCCAGGCCAUGUGUCUUUCCCAGUUUCUCCCUUUCCCAUCCUCGUCACCCAUUCUGCUCUCCAUUAGGGUAGGGGUAUAGAUCUGUGACAGAGGUUCCUGGGAAUAGCUCGGUAGAUUUUCUUGAGGCCAAGCAAAAGGCCUCAUUAAGAAAUGUAUCUGUUUUAAAACAUGGCUUCCUUCCUGGCUCAGCUAAAUUGAAGGCUCAUUUGUUGUUGCUGUUGUUUGUUUGUUUGUUUGUUUCUCUUUAACUCUAAUGUUCAAAUCACUGCGUGCUGUAUGACUCUAGAAAGCCUUAAUUUACUUCCACCAAGAAAUAAAGCAAUAUGU